AUGGCAUCAGCACCGGCGGCUGCGCGGCUGCGGGAGCUGCAAUCGCAACCGGGUAACAAGAUCUGUGUGGAUUGCAGCCAGAAGAACCCGCAAUGGGCCUCCGUCAGCUACGGCAUCUUCAUGUGCCUCGAGUGUUCCGGCCGGCAUCGCGGGCUCGGCGUGCACAUCAGCUUCGUGCGAUCCGUCACCAUGGAUUCCUGGUCCGAGAUCCAACUCAAGAAGAUGGAAUCCGGCGGCAAUCUCGCGCUGAAUGAAUUCCUUUCUCGGUACGGCGUGCCUAAGGAAACCGACAUCGCAGUUAAGUACAACACCCCCGCCGCGGAAGCCUACCGGUCCAAGAUUCAAGCCAUGGCGGAAGGCCGAUCCUGGACGGCUCCUAACAUUGAAAAGGUAUCCUUGUCGGGCACGGGUGGAGGGAGCCGUCCGACUGCUAGAGCAAGCCCAGGUGGAUUCGGCUCCAGCGACGGCUGGGAUGACUGGGGCGACGGCAGCUCUGGCAGCCAAGCGGGCAUGCGCAGGCACCAGUCCGAAAAUAGUAUUACUUCUGGACACGGCGCGAGCGGCCGACGGAGCAAUCUGGCAGCCGCCGGUGGCGGAGGCGGCGGCGGUGGUGGUGGCCAUGGAAUGGGUCAUCAUUCCGGCUCCACCAAUGAGAUUUACUCGCGGGAGCAGCUGGAGGCGUCGGCGGCGGGGAAGGAGUCGUUCUUCGCGCGGAAGCAAGCGGAGAACGCCUCGAGGCCGGAGGGCCUUCCGCCGAGCCAGGGAGGCAAGUACGUGGGAUUCGGCAGUGCGCCCGUUAACCGGCCCGCUAAUCGAGGCGGCGAGGACGUUAUUGAAGAUACCGUCAAGAUUGUCUCCGAGAGCUUCCGUUCUCUCUCGAUGGCGGCUGUGGGGGUGGCAAGCUCAGCCGCGGCGGUGGUCCAGGAAGGAGCCAAGGACAUCCACGCAGGGGUCACGGAAGGUGGCUUGGACAAGAAGGCCAUCGAGACCGCGUCCGUGGUGGCAGGGCGUGCGACUGAGAUCGGGAAGUCAGCGUGGGGCUUCAUGCGUGCCUUUACAGAGCGGGCUGUGCAAACCGUGGAUGGUUACUCGGGCGGUGCUGUGGGCAACGCACUUGAGGUGGCAGCUGCAGCCAGCGCAAACGCUGGGAGCAUGAUAGUCCAGGGCCUUACUGGUGCGGCUGUGAGCGAAGGUGGUGCUGGCGGUGCUGGCGGCGCUGUGGGAGGGAACCGGGGAGGAGGUGGCUUUGACGACUGGGAUGAUUGGGGAGAUGAUAACAAGGGGCAGUCAGGUCAGGCUGGCAGCGGCAGGUAUAAUGGGAGCGAGGGGGACGGAUUCGGGCAGGGAAGGAGCAGUAGCACAAAGGAUGACAAGCCGUUCACUGGUUGGGAUGAUGAGUGGGAUGGUGUGAGCCCUAAGGCUAACAGGGGGCAGGGAAACAUGGCCAGCAGCAGCAGUAAUGGUGGGAGCCGCGCAUCUGGAGGAACUGGUGCACAAAAGAAGCAGGCAGCGGCAGCAGCAGCAACAGAGACUGAGUCGGACUCAUGGGGCGGAUGGGAUGAUGUGCCAUCGCCCGCUCCUGCCAGCACUGCCACUGCUGGUGCAGCAAAGAAAGGGGGUGCUGCCAAGAAGGAUGACUGGGAUGAUUGGGGAGGAUUUUAA